CUAAAUUUGACAAUACAAUGCGUGCCUAUUUGCUCCUUGCCCUGUUUGGAUGUGUGCUUUUGGCCACAGUUUCCGCCAAUCCGGUGGACAUUGACGACUUGGAGGACCUCGAGGAGGACAAACGAAUUGCUGAUGAGCAGGAUAAUGCCAACGACGAUGAGGAAGACGAUGAGGAUAUAAAUGAACCCGAGUCCGACGACGACUUAGAUGAGCCUGAAUCCCCGGAUGAUAACUCCGAUGACGAUUCCCAGAACAAUGAUGAUUCCGAAAGCGACGAGAGCAACCAGUACAAUCAAGAUGAAGAGUAGCUCUAAUGGGAAUUAACCCUUUCUAUUCAUUAUUGUUUUUAUCUACACGUUUGCAACGGUCGUUAGACGUUUAAACAACUGUUUACACAGAAAAACACAGUUCAUCUCCAACAACCAAAGAAGUAAAUGUUUUUAUGUUAUUCUAGCAAAUACACACAUUUCUGGAAACACCCGCUAUCGGAAUUGGUGCUUUUUACUUCGCUUCUUUUUAUACAGUUCUUAAAUGAUUUUGUAAA